AUGAACGAGGCGAGGUCGUUGGAGGGCAAUGCACGCAAGUACCGCUCCAAGAAGCAGCGGCCAUGCGACCUCUGCCGGACGCGCAAGAUCCACUGCAAACUGCAGGCCGAUGGCGCCGAAUGCGAGCUUUGCCGGAGGCUUGAACGGCGGUGCACUUUUGUUCUCGGGCCCUUGCGGCGCAAGUAUCGUGCUCGCGACGGAAAGGAGGAUGAAGUGCCCCGACGACGGCGAGCAAGUGAGAAUCAGUUUGAGGUGCCUGCUUCUGGCAAUGGGCCACCUGCACUCAAUGCUGCCGAGGCCAACCAGACUGAGGGCAUGAGUAUGGACCUGGGAGACGGUGAUUUGUGGGCGCUGCCAGCCGACAUGCGACAACCAUUCGCUAUCCAGGACAUGUCCAGUAUCAUGGGCUACUAUGGGCUGGGUGGCAACGGCGGAGGAAUUUUCGCUGCAAGUAAUGGCGCAUCGGGGAUUGGCGGUGAUGGGAUCGGCAUGAUGUUCACCGAGCCAUCGGCAGACCUUGGACUCGAUCCUGGCUUUAUCCCGGCUGCACUGUCACCGACCAAUCUCAACACAGCCCGUUUAAUUCGUCAGGGCACACCGUCGACGAGCACGUCGAGCGGGUCACAUUCGGAAGCCAACAGCUCCAUCAACCAGCCUCUCCAGCCUGGCGAUGAGUUAAGUCGACGAGAAAGCACGGCUCAGCAGGUCCUGGCCCACGACCACAACUCACAAUCGUCAUCAUGGCCAGUCGAGUUCUCGCUGGAAGCCAAAAAGGGAUACUCAAACCACUUAAUCGGUCUCUCGUGCGAGUCAGAUCCGUUUCUUUUAAAGCAUUACAAGUACAACGCCUACGACAACUAUCACAUGUUCCGUCUCGACUUCCGACGAGUUGGCAACGACGCUCAGACAUGGAGCAGGCGUGAAAUGCCUAGCAGUGGCACCCAGCCAAUUACUGCCCACGUCCCGAUGCAGUUCAUGAUGAGCGACGAGGCGAUCUGGAAAGAAGACUUGAAGGCGACGGAGAGGUACUUGUCUGGUGAGGGCACUGAAGCUGCAGAUCAGGCGCUGCUCAACAAGAUCAUAGAGCCAGAGCUCGGAAGAAUUCUAGUCAAACUGUACUCGAGAUUUGUCCACCCUCGAUAUCCCGUCUUCUCAUUCACGGAUAUCAGGCGCAUGCUAGACCCCAACACCAUCUUACAUGUUCCCGUCGGCAUUCGGAGUGCCGUCUACGCCCUCGCAGCGCCAUUCACCUUUCUAGAUGACGAACUCAGUGUCUCAAACGGCUACCUCGCUGUACCGACCGACGACCUCUGGGACGUCGCCCAUCGCAGCUUCCAGCGCGAUAGCUGCUUCUCACACUUGUCAUUGUUGCAGCUAUGUCUUUUAAUGCUGCACAUGCCGCCGCAAAACUUGGUCGUCGCCGAGCCUUCCAAAUUCUGGGCUCUCUCAUGCUCAGCUGUGGCGAUUGCAGAGAACCUGGGAGUAAACAUCGAUCCGAAAGAUUGGAAAUUGCCGAGAGAGGAGGUUAUCCUACGUCGCCGGCUGUGGUGGCUGACCUAUGUUGGACAUACAUGGCAUGCCCUCGUCUGUGGCCGACCUUCUCAUAUACAUGAGUCCAACUGGUGUGUUUCCAGCCUGACCGAGGAUGAUUUCGAGCAGGGUCCCCAAGAUCCGAACAUCCGCGAGGCGGUCGCACAGCACACACCCAUUUGUCUGGCUCAAUGUGAACUCGGUGUCAUCGCCGCAGAUGUCUUGAAGGAAUUCUAUUCUGUGAGGGCAAACUACUCCGAGUCACUCACAUUAACGGCCCUCCUCAGCAGAGCGCAAAGACUUCGAACACGCAUAGAGAGCUGGAGGCAGACAUUGCCAUUUCUCUCAAAACCUGUUCUGGAAUUAAACGAGCAGGACUUUGAGAAUGGUGCCAUUUUGCGACUGCAGCACUUGACGCUUGAGAUGUUGAUCUUCCGCGCUCUACUGCGACCAUUAUCGAAUGACCAAGUAUCGUCUUUGGAAAAGUGCCAGGAGCCAAUCUCGACCAUCUACGAGAAUUGCCACGUCUGCGCCAGCAUAGCGACGGAGAUGGUGUCCAUGUUACGGGCAAAACAUUUCGCCAGCUUCUGGCCUCACUAUACACGUUACCAACUUUGCUACGUUUCGACGUUGCUUCUGCUCAUCCUAGCCCAGUCAGCAACACGGGAGAUGGCGGUACGGAACAAGACGCUGCUAGACAAAUGGAGGGAUACGCUGCGCAUGCAGGCAAGAGCUUGGCCACUGGCUCGUCUUGCAGCGAUGAGACUAGACGCGUCAUUCUGGAAGGGCAUCUCAUCGGUCAUUCACGGUGCAGGACCGGAAAGUCCGGCCCUUCAGCUUCUGAAGGAGUCUGAGUCUGCCAAGGAAGGCAGCGAGGCACCAUCCUGA